AUGGCUUCUAUUGGCAAUGGUUUUUAUGUGCUUAUUAUGCUGGUUGGGGUGGUCAUAAGCUCCCUUGUGGCUACCUGUGCUGCUAGCUUCUACCAAGACUUUGAUCUAACAUGGGGUGAUAACCGUGCUAAGAUAUUCAAUGGAGGUCAGCUUCUAUCUCUUUCUCUGGACAAAGUCUCUGGCUCUGGCUUCCAAUCCAAGAAAGAGUACCUAUUCGGAAGAAUUGAUAUGCAGCUCAAGCUCGUUGCUGGCAACUCUGCUGGCACUGUUACUGCUUAUUACUUGUCAUCACAAGGCCCAACUCAUGAUGAGAUUGAUUUUGAGUUCUUGGGGAACGUUAGCGGUGACCCUUACAUUCUCCACACAAACGUCUUUACCCAAGGCAAAGGAAACAGAGAACAACAAUUCUACCUCUGGUUCGACCCCACCAGAAACUUCCACACUUACUCUAUCAUCUGGAAGCCCCAGCACAUUAUAUUCUUGGUUGAUAACAUCCCCAUAAGGGUGUUCAAGAAUGCUGAGUCUGUUGGUGUUCCUUUCCCAAAGAACCAACCAAUGAGAAUCUAUUCUAGCCUCUGGAAUGCUGAUGAUUGGGCGACCAGAGGUGGUUUGGUGAAAACUGAUUGGUCCAAAGCACCCUUUACAGCAUACUACCGCAAUUUCAAAGCCACUGAAUUCUCCUCCAUCUCUUCCAAUUCGUUCUCUGAUGCUGCAUUGCAGAGCAACGAGCUUGAUGCUUAUGCCAGAAGAAGACUUAGAUGGGUUCAGAAGUAUUUCAUGAUCUAUAACUACUGCAACGAUCCUAAGCGAUUCCCACAAGGAAUCCCUGCUGAGUGUACGCGCUGAAGGUUCUGAUUCUGAGAUAUAUGGAUGGUCUUUUGUAUUUGUAAAAUAUAUUAUGUUAUGAUUCUUUAAUUUUAUA